ACUUGACAGUCAUUAUCGCAGAAACUACGGGUACAACGAUCACAGCGAUAUUAUGUAGUCGCGACUUACAAAUAAACGUGGAGUGAGUUGAACAUUUACGUAUCCGACGAACGAUAACAAUAUAUUAAUUCCGUAUAUUCACUAAGGAUCGAACAAGCGUGUCAGAAUGAAGAACGGAAAUUUAAUUGUAGCAGAGGCCCUAAAGAAGCAGGAUUUGACUUAUGUUUUCGGCAUUAUGGGACAUCCUGUGAUUGAUUUGGCUUUAACUAUGCAAUCCAUUGGUAUGCAGUAUGUAGGUUUUAGAAAUGAGCAAGCGGCCUGCUAUGCCGCACAAGCUUACGGAUAUUUAACGAGAAAACCUGCGGUGGUAUUAUGUGUCUCUGGUCCAGGGUUGUUGCAUGUUAUUGGUGGUAUGGCAAAUGCGCAAGUAAAUUGUUGGCCUGUGCUUGUACUAGGAGGAUCUUGCCCGGAGGAUCACGAGGGUAUUGGUGGAUUUCAGGAAUGGCCACAGGUCGAGGCAAGUAGACCAUACUGUAAAUACGCGGCAAGGCCACCGUCAGUUGCGCUUAUUCCGUUGCAUGUUGAAAAGGCUGUACGACUCGCCACUUAUGGUAGACCAGGUGCUGCUUAUCUCGAUUUACCCGCUACAUUAUUGACCCAAAACGUGGACGAAAGUAAGAUUGCUAAAGUUUUAUGCUGCCCCCCGCCACCGCUAUUGUAUCCUGAUGCAAAAUUAAUCGAACAGGCAGUAAAUUUAUUGAUAAAAGCGAAGAAACCUUUGGUGAUAGUCGGCAAGGGAGCCGCUUACAAUCGAGCUGAAGAUCUGGUGAGAGAGCUUAUCUAUUCGACAGAUUUACCCUUUUUACCAACUCCGAUGGGAAAGGGCGUUGUACCGGAUGAGGAUGAACGUUGCGUCUCCAGCGCGCGAACGUAUGCCUUGCUACAUUCCGAUGUCAUUUUGUUGCUAGGUGCGCGAUUAAAUUGGAUGUUGCAUUUUGGACGGCCACCCAGAUUUCAAAAUAAUGUCAAAGUUAUACAGAUCGAUUUGUGUGCUGAAGAAUUGCACAAUUCUGUACGAUCUGUCGUCGCUAUUCAAUCAGAUAUUGCACCUGCAACAGAGUAUCUGUCAAAUGCAUUGAGAAAUCGAAAAUGGCGCAUUGACCAAAAUCAUCCGUGGUGGAAGGAGCUCAUGGUGAAAGCCGAACAGAAUAAACAAUCAGUUCAUCGGAUGUCGAUGGACACUAGUGUGCCACUGAAUUAUUAUACCGUAUUUAAGCAUAUUCAAGAUGUUAUACCAAAAGAUUGCAUUAUUUGUUCUGAGGGAGCUAAUACAAUGGACAUCGGACGAACCAUUCUCUUGAACAAUUUGCCUCGCCAUAGAUUAGACGCCGGUACGUUUGGAACUAUGGGUGUAGGACUUGGAUUUGCAAUCGCAGCUGCUCUUUAUUGCAAAGAUAAUGCGCCGCAAAAGAGAGUAAUUUGUGUGGAAGGAGAUAGCGCCUUUGGAUUCUCCGGCAUGGAGAUCGAAACCAUGUUUCGUUAUAAAUUACCGGUGAUCAUUAUAAUCGUGAAUAAUAAUGGCAUAUACAGCGGUUUCGAUAACGAAACUUUCAAACAGAUACAGGCAUCCGGAGAUCCCACGCAAGUGACACCUCCGUAUUCACUAACAUCUGAAACUCAUUAUGAAAAAUUGAUGGAAAUGUUUGACAAGAAAGGACAUUUUUGCACUACUGUGAAGGACAUUCAGCAGGCAUUGCAAUUAUCUCUCAAGGUGGUGGAUAGUCCCAGUUUAAUAAACAUUAUGAUUAAUCCGCAAGCAGAACGAAAGAAGCAACAAUUCAACUGGUUAACAGAAUCAAAAUUAUAGAUGUGUCACAAUCAAAACACUUCAUGAAAAUAUUUAUGAUUUUCUCCAAUAUUUUUUUCUCAGAAAAUCAUUUUUUAGAUCUUAUAUUACUAUAACUCUGUUAUUCAUAUGGUUUUUUUUAAUUACUUGCAUAUUUUAUAUUUCAAUUUUCAUUUUCUUUUUAAUAAUUUACGAUUGAAAAAAAUUGAUAAUAUUUUAUUACAUCCUUUAAAUAAAGAUAAAUACAAAUUGUUUUAUUGUAAAACAAUUUGCGCUAAAUAUAAUAAUGUGUACAAGUUAUAAUGUCCAUGUACAUUUAACGAAUUUAUAAGGGUGGGAUAUUUUGAACAAUCCAUGCAAGUAAUGAUGGGUUAGCAUAAUUAUAGAUGAAGUGUCUUUUGAGACUAUAAUGUGAAUACACAACUGAGGAAUGACAGUCUUAUACGAUCUGAGCUGAAUCUUAAAUGCUUAAAAUAAUUCGGUGUUAAUUAUACACACGCACGCGCGCACGUCCGUGUUCUAAAAAUGUGUGAUCUUUAUUUGAUUAACAAUUCUACUUUUUAAGUUUUAAUAUAAAAUUCAACAAAGCUUCAAAACAAUGUUUCAUGUUGUGAAGAUUAAUAACGCUGCAUCUUUGUCAAUUUGCAAGUGGCAUUAGGCAUUAUGGACAUGUAAAUUAAUUAUAUUUGUAUCAUUCUUGCUGAGGAGGACUCCAAAGAGAGUCGAACCGUUCAAAAUAAAGAAGACAUCAAUCCAAUAUUUGAAUAUCGAUUGUUCACUAAAUAAUUGCGCCGUUUAUCGUUGCUGACUCAUUAGUCUCAUUAAUUCUAUUAUAUUUAUCUUCUGGUAUUACUAAUUUAGUAAUCUGUUUAUGAUAGCAUUUCAAGAACGAAAAAGAUUU